AUGCCAAACAUCUCGCCCGCGAGCCUGUCAUCAAGGAAGAAGUACAGUCUGGGCGACUUUGUUCAGUAUGCUACAGGCAAACAUGAGGACCAAUAUGCCGCGGUCGCCGAUCUCAGCAUAUACAAGUUCGCCGACAAAGCAUAUCUGGACGAGAACAACACACCUUGCCGCCAGCAUAUGCUCCUCGUCGGUCACUAUUGGCGAAAGAGCGGCGGUCGGCCUGCGUGGGCACAUGCGACUGGCACUCACAUACGCUACUAUUCGGGUGAGGGAAUUCAGGUCAACCCACUGAUCCAGGACAUCCAAUCCUCCAAGGUCUACUACGGAACGCCCUUCGACGCGAUGAGCGGCGUUCACGACUCCAGCAACACCAAGCCUCGUAUGACUACAGAACGCAAGCUCGAGCGGGCUUUGGUCGAGUCUGUCAUUAACUUCAUAUUCCUCAAGAAGGGCCAUCUGGUACGGGCGUUGGAUCUGGAGAGUCCGGACAUGCUUGGAAGCUUUAGACUGGCGUGCAGGAACUUUGCGCAAUACCAGAAGAUGCCUCGGACUGACACGAGAUCUCUGGAUGAAGAACUUCUGGACAUCCAGGCAGAAAACGCAGCAGUACAGGAGCAGGCUCAGUUCAUCCAAGGAUACAGCGGCGGCAACGGUCUUGCGUUCAGAAGCGGGCCCUCGGCCUUGACGCUCCCUGCCAAACGCUCCUUCGUAGACAUGACGGACAGCGCAUCUGAUGAUGCAUCGCAGGGCUCCAACAAACGUUCAUCUCCACUCGAGUCUGCUGCUAUGACCCACGAAGCAGAAAUAUACGCUGGAUUGGAACAAGAGGUGCAGGCUCUCAGAGCUAAGCUUGAACAACAGGAAGCCAAGAUCGAUGCAUCCGAGACUGAGGUCAUGCGGCAAAAGGCGAAGAGACGAACCUUACGAACUCAACGAGACGAAUGGAAAGAGAAGUACAUCACCCAACAGGGUCUUGCUCAGAUAGAGGCCCAAGGCGUCAAACAAGAGGAAGGGAGUGAAGAUUGGAAGGGGAUGUUGUUCGAACAAGAAAGAAAGACUGAGCAUUACAAGCUCAAGUACAUUGCGCUGAAAGAGGAGAAAAAGGUAUGGACGACGCAGGUUUUGGGGCAAGAGAAGGUAACUACAGAGCCCGAGGAUGGGGAUACCAGCAGAGAGCCCAUUCGUAUACGGGAAAGUGAAGAGAUCGAGAACUCCGGUGAAAACAUCCUGCAAGAGGCCAGCACAAAUCCAGAGACCAGUCGUCAAAUUGAAGUCAGCCUGGGAAAGGGCACGCGAAGAGAUAUGAGGUCGAAGCUGAUCAAGUAUUGGGAUGAAAACAGAGUGCCUGAGAGGUGGGCUGACUACAGCAAAUACCCAUCCAUCUUGUCUCGAAGGCAUGAAAUAUUGACGAGACUCUAUCGUGUAUUCCAGGGACUACUCAAGAGCGAGAAAGCUAGGGGUGUUGAUAUGGACAAUUCAGAGGUGCGGAGGACAUUGUACAAGGAAGCGGUUGAGCAGAUGGAUCAGACAUUGCAGCGAGAGGUGGCUGGUAUUGCGAUCAAGGGGCAAGCGGCUGCGGCGGUGUAG